UUCAAAUAAAUCCUGGUGGUAAAUACUUAGAACCAUGCAGUUAGGCAUUAUAUUACUCGUUGUUGCCAUAAGUUAUGUGGGGGCCAACGAUGUUGAUGUUAAGCAUAUUCAAGCAAUAUUUAAAGAGUUAGAAGAGCUGAAUAAGGAGUUGACGUUACCUCAGGAUGCCGGGUUAAAUAUUUCUCAACUUUUGGAUAAAUACGGUUUUCCUCUGGAAUACCACGAAGUAGAAACCGAAGAUGGCUGGAUCCUCACUAUGCAUAGAAUACCUUAUGGCAGAAACGAAGUACCUGAUCCAAGCGUUACAAAACCGGCGAUCUUCUUCGCUCAUCCACUUACUGGUACUUCUAUGAACUGGGCGUUCAGAGCACCAAACGUUUCUUUGGCCCUACAGUUAGCAGAUCAAGGUUAUGAUAUUUGGCUGGGAAACACCAGGGGCAACAAGAACUGCAGACAUAAGACUCUUGCGCCAUCCGACAAAGAGUACUGGAAUUUCAGUUUUCACGAAAAGGGUUUUUAUGAUACCGCUGCGAUGAUCGAUUACAUUUUGGCUAAUACCAAACUGGAAAAGUUGUCUUACGUGGGACACUCGCAAGGAACCGCCCAAUUUUUUACUUUAACUUCUACCAGGCCUGAGUACAAUGAAAAGCUUAAUUUGGCGACUCUGUUCAGUCCUAUCGCUUUUAUGAGCCACGUGUCCAAAGGUCCUAUCGCUGGAUUGGCUGCGAAAUACCAAAAAGAGGUUGAGGCAAUAAUAGAUAUAGUAAAGAUUUACGGAAUCCUCCCAGCCCAACUUGAUGAAGGCCUGGUGUACAAUCUGUGCGCUAGUUCUGGUAUCUUACAAGAGAUUUGCUUCACUAUUACCCAACUCUUUUGUGGGUUCGACGAUGAGCAACUUGACAAAGACGCAAUGCUUCUGAUGUAUUCCACUGGUUUCGGCGGUGUCGGCACCAAAGAAAUGAUCCAUUACCUUCAAGAAAUCAAUUCAGGUUAUUUCAGACAAUACGACUAUGGAAACGAAACUAAUUUGGAACGUUACGGAUCGAUUGAACCACCGUCAUAUGACGUGAGCCAAAUCACCACACCUUUGGCUAUUUAUUAUGGAAAAGCUGAUUAUUUAGGAACUGUCGAGGAUAUUGAAUAUUUGCUACCUCAACUGACCAAUGCUGAUAUAAUGGACCAAUAUUUGCUCGAGUUCGAACAUUUGGGUUUUUUGACUGCUAGGGAUGUUCACGAACUAUUAUAUGAUAGAGUUUUGGAUUUAAUUAAUAAAGUGCAUAAUAAAUAGAGUAUAAAAUGAGUGAA